AAAUCAAUUUAUUCCCAUCUGAGUACACUGGCAGAUUUUGCAAUAGAGAUGUUUGACGUUCUUGAUGAAAUCAACUAUCAGUCUUACAACGACUUUGUCCUACGAGUUGGUAUUAAUGUUGGGCCAGUAGUGGCUGGAGUCAUUGGAGCGAGAAGACCACAGUAUGAUAUCUGGGGGAACACUGUAAAUGUUGCCAGCCGGAUGGAUAGUACUGGAGUGCAGGGGAAAAUUCAGGUGACAGAAGAAGUUCAGCGGAUAUUAAAAAGGUGCAGUUAUGAAUUCAUGUGCAGGGGUAAAGUCAGUGUAAAGGGAAAAGGCGAAAUGUUGACCUAUUUCCUAGAAGGAAAGGCUGAUGGAAAUAAUUCACAACCACGGUCUUUAAACUUAGAGCGGAAAAUGUACCCUUACGGGAGGGCAAACAUUCAAACAAAACUGGGCACCAGCUCUCCGUCAGUAUCCUCAGUUGCUAGCUUUACUGUAAAAGCUGGGCUUGGAGCAGGUCAAGCAUCUGCCACUCACACAAAUCAAACACUGCAUUAUCUUCCUUCUGUGCCAGCUGUGAAGGAGGCGUAGAGCGGAGGAGAUUUGAUUGUGCCAUUUGCAGUGAACCUGGAGAGCAAUGGUUGCCUGAAUUUUUACCAAGAGAUCAGAGGUCAUAGGCCAUGGCAUUAACCAAGGACCACUACAACCCAACCAAAGAGAACUUGGGGACUGUAAUGAACUCUUGGGAUGGAACAUAAAAGGGCUAGCAAUUCUGUUAGGAAAAGUCAAAACCUGAUUUUCUGGAAAUGAGGAAUAUUUUCUUGGCAUUUUUAA